CCUCCCGUUUCCGUGCAACCUAGCCUAUGGCUGGCCCAGCUCCCUGACUCCGCCAACCACACCACCACAUCCAUUAAUCCACCGGAAGAGGGUGGUACCAUAGAGCUCCCACUCUUCUCUCCUUCCAUUUUUGCUACCACAGAUGACCCUUCUCCUCUCCAGGUGGCCACUAGUGUCCUUCUCACUGGAGCCAUUGCUGUCUUUCUCUUUCGCUCUAUUCGUCGCCGAGCUAAGCGUGCUAAAGAACUGCUUCAUCGGGAAAGGAAUUUUGAGCAACUGUACGUGUUUUGAGAGAUUUAGGUCAUCAGGGGCGAAGAAAACAAUGAAAGAGGAGGCGUUAGAUAGUUUGAAAACAAUGGGAUCUGCUUCAAUUGAUGGUAAGAAACCUCCUUCACCAGUUCAGGCAUUUUUAGGGGCAAUAUCAGCAGGAGUGAUUUCACUUGUACUCUAUAAGUUCACUACUACUAUUGAGGCAGCUCUUAACGGCCAGACCAUGGCAGAUAAUUUCUCGGAAAUUAUAAAUGUGUUGUGUUACCUUGCAAGAUUCGUCAAUUCUGUUGGUUUAUUCCUUUAUUCUGCCCAGCUUGCCUUCAACUCUUUCAUGGAAGGUUCUACUAGGGAGAAAAGUGAAAGUGAAGGCAAUGAGUAGUCGGGCUCUCUGAAUUCAACAUCUGAGAGUCCUUCAGGUAGUGCUGAAUUGAACAUCAGCCGGGGAGAUCAAAAUCCAGAUAGUUCACAAUAACAAGAGAAUCAAGAUAGUGGGUCGCUGAUAAUCAAUUUUGGUCUUGCAAUUAUAAUCAAUUGUAUUCAUGCUAUUAAAUUUUUCAUUUUUUAGUUUAUUGCAGCUGCAUAGGAUAAUCUUGUGCCUUAUUGGUUAUGUCCUGCUUUCUGAACAGCUAUAGGAAUGAACUUCAAAGUAAAUUAUAUCAAGUUCAGUCAUUGCCAUUUUCCCAA